UUCUCUGUCCCUCUCAAUUAAUCAAAACCCUCGGAAUGAGAUUUACAAAAACGAGAGCAAGAACAAACACCCCAUCCAAGAAACUGAAAGAUUCCCAAACAACAAAAACCGCAUUCAUCUUUCUCUCUCAAAUCCCCAAAAAACCCUAACCCUAACCCUAAUUGCGAAUGUCACAGCUGAAGCCCCUUUCGCUUAUCGAUAACAGCAUUGAUAGCGGCGUUCCAUCAACGCCGGGAAAGAUCAAGAUGGAUAAAUCUCAUUACAUUCUCAGCCAUCGGAUGCGAUGGCAAUCAUCGAUCUGGAAGCUGACCUUCUGGUCUCUCAUCUUCGUCUUCUUCAUCUUCCUCUUCGUCACUCGAUCGCCGCCUUCUUCGUCGUCGUCGUUUGACCCCAUCCGCCGCUCUCUCCAAGCCCCCACCUGGGGCGGCCCCGCCUGGGAGAAGCGGGUUCGCUCCUCAGCCCGAGUCCGCACCAGCAAAGGCCUCUCCGUCCUCGUCACCGGCGCCGCUGGCUUCGUCGGCUCCCACGUCUCUUCCACCCUCAAGCACCGUGGCGAUGGUGUCGUCGGCCUCGACAAUUUCAACGACUACUAUGAUCCGUCCCUCAAGCGGUCCCGCCGGGAUCUCCUCGAGCACGCUGGCGUCUUCAUCGUUGAGGGCGACAUCAAUGACGCCGCCCUUCUCCGCAAGCUCUUCGACGUCGUCCCCUUCACCCACGUUAUGCACCUCGCCGCCCAGGCCGGCGUCCGCUACGCCAUGCAGAAUCCGUCGUCUUAUGUCCACAGCAACAUCGCCGGCCUCGUCAGCAUCCUCGAGGUCUGCAAGUCCGCCAACCCGCAGCCCGCAAUUGUAUGGGCCUCCUCCAGCUCUGUCUACGGCCUCAAUUCCAAGGUUCCUUUCUCAGAGUGGGACCGCACCGACCAGCCUGCCAGCCUCUAUGCUGCCACCAAGAAGGCCGGUGAAGAGAUUGCCCACACCUACAACCACAUCUACGGGCUCUCAAUCACUGGCCUACGGUUCUUCACCGUCUAUGGUCCAUGGGGCCGGCCUGACAUGGCUUACUUCUUCUUCACACAGGAUAUACUGCAGGGGAAGAAGAUUCCAAUCUUCGAGGGGCCCAAUCAUGGGACAGUCGCCCGUGAUUUCACCUACAUUGAUGAUAUUGUGAAGGGUUGCUUGGCGUCACUGGAUACAGCAAAGAAGAGCACCGGGAGUGGCGGGAAGAAGACGGGGCCCGCGCAGCUCCGCGUAUUCAAUUUGGGGAACACAUCACCCGUGCCCGUUACAGAACUCGUUGGCAUAUUGGAGAGGCUGUUGAAGAUGAAGGCGAACCGGGUAAUGCUGAAGAUGCCGAGGAAUGGGGACGUCCAGUUCACGCAUGCAAACAUUAGCCUGGCGCAGCAGGAACUUGGGUACAAACCCUCGACGGACCUGCAGACAGGGUUGAAGAAAUUCGUGCGGUGGUACCUCAGGUACUAUUCAGGUUCAGGAAAGAAGAGCAGUGGGUGAUUGGAUUUGCCACCGGAUCACGUCAUGUGGUAGAAUUGUUCAUCCAUUCUUCUUUCAUUUUGAUUCUUAACAUUUUUUUCCCACUCAGCUUUUAGAUUUUACACUUCUUUCAUAUCUUUAUAUCAUCAUAUAGGGAGGAAUUUCACGUCCUGUGGAAAUGGUAUUAUUCAUUGGUGGGUGUUGUUCUGUGGAACAUUCCUUUACCUCUAUCAAAAGAACCGAAAUCAUCUUUCUUA